GCACAGCAGCAGCCGUCACACAUACACACACAACACACAUACACGUACGCUCACUGAGGGCGACUGCGCCUUUAAGACCCGCAAAACUAACAGCCAAACCAGCCUCGGUGUCAAUGUACGAGCGAUGAAUUUACUCGAUAUGGUUUUGUUCAAACUCUUGAUGCUGUUAUACUGCUUAAGCGACACCAAAGGUCAGUAUGGGAAACCCCUGAGCAAGUACAUUCGACAUUACGAAGGCCUGUCCUACGACACAGACGUCUUGCACAGCAAGCAUCAGAGGGCUAAGAGAGCUCUGCCUCACCAGGACCAGUUCCUGCACCUGGACUUCCACGCUCACGGCAGGCAUUUUAACCUUCGGAUGAAGAGGGACACCUCUCUCUUUGCUCCCGAUCUGAAAGUGGAAGUUUCUGGAGUAGAAAUUCCUUACGACACCUCUCACAUUUACACUGGAGAAAUUUACGGUGAGAAGGGCACUCUGACCCAUGGCUCUAUCGUGGAAGGGAAAUUUGAGGGUUUUAUUAAAAGCCAUCAAGGCACAUACUAUGUAGAACCCUCAGAGAGAUACCUCAAAGACCAGAAUGUGCCCUACCACUCAGUCAUCUACCAUGAGGAUGACAUCGACUAUCCUCAUAAAUACGGAGCAGAAGGUGGCUGUGCAGAUCACUCUGUGUUUGAGAGAAUGAAGAAAUACCAGGCAUCUGCAGUGGAGGAGCCCACCCAGCAGACGAAUCAUGUCAUUGACGAAGAGAUGGCUGAUGGACCGGUGAUCCUGAGGAAACGUCGUGCAGCUCAGGCAGAGAAAAAUACCUGUCAGCUCUUCAUCCAGACGGAUCACCUCUUUUUCAGAUACUACGGCACCAGGGAGGCUGUGAUCGCACAGAUAUCCAGUCAUGUGAAGGCCAUUGACUCCAUCUAUCAAAGCACAGAUUUUCAGGGGAUCCGCAAUAUCAGCUUCAUGGUGAAGAGAAUCAAGAUCAACACCACUGACGACGAGAGGGAUAGUAGUAACCCUUUUCGAUUUUCUAACAUCGGUGUGGAGAAAUUUCUAGAACUCAACUCGGAGCAGAAUCACGAUGACUACUGCUUAGCCUAUGUCUUCACAGACAGAGACUUUGAUGAUGGAGUCUUGGGUCUGGCCUGGGUCGGGGCUCCUUCAGGCAGCUCUGGUGGAAUCUGUGAAAGGAAUAGACAGUACUCUGAUGGGAAGAAGAAGUCUCUGAACACCGGCAUUAUCACAGUGCAAAACUAUGCUUCCCACGUUCCCCCUAAAGUGUCCCACAUCACCUUCGCUCAUGAGGUCGGACAUAACUUCGGCUCUCCGCAUGACUCAGGAAGUGAUUGCACUCCAGGAGAGUCAAAGACUCAGGACCAGAAAGAAAGAGGCAACUACAUCAUGUAUGCCAGAGCCACGUCGGGAGACAAGUUCAACAACAACAAGUUCUCCAUCUGCAGCAUUCGCAACAUCAGCCAAGUGCUGGAUAAGAAGAGAUUCUCCUGCUUUGUUGAAUCUGGACAGCCCAUUUGUGGUAAUGGUUUGGUUGAGGCAAAUGAAGAGUGUGACUGUGGUUAUAGCGAUCAGUGCAAGGACAAAUGCUGCUUUAAUGCCAAUGAGCCAGAGGAUAAGAAGUGUAAACUGAAACCAGGCGCUAAAUGCAGUCCCAGUCAGGGUCCAUGCUGCAUGCCAGAGUGCACCUUUGAGUUAAGCAACGUGAAAUGUAGGAAUGAGUCUGAGUGUGCUCUUCAGGGCAUGUGCAAUGGAAACUCUGCUCAGUGCCCCACCUCAACGCCUAAAGAAAACUACACAUCCUGCCACUCAGAAACCCAAGUCUGCCUUAAUGGGGUUUGCUCUGGCUCUAUCUGUCAGAAGUUUAAACUAGAAGUUUGCACUUGUGCCACAGAGGAGGGGAAAGACGACACAGAGCUGUGUCAUGUGUGCUGUAUGGAAAAGGGUCAACCCAACACUUGCAGCAGCACUAGCUCAGAGAGAUGGGCUAGGUUCUUUAACAGAAAGGUCGCCACGUUACAGCCUGGCUCGCCUUGUAAUGACUUCAAAGGUUACUGUGACGUCUUUAUGAAGUGUAGGCUGGUGGAUGCUGAUGGCCCUCUGGCAAGACUUAAGAAGGCCAUUUUCAACCCUGAGCUUUACACAAGCAUCGCACAGUGGAUAGUGGAGCAUUGGUGGGCAGUUCUUCUAAUGGGCAUUGCUCUCAUCAUGCUAAUGGCUGGGUUCAUCAAGAUCUGCAGUGUGCACACACCUAGCAGCAAUCCUAAGUUACCCCCACCCAAACCACUGCCAGGCACACUGAAGAGAAGAAGAAAUCCCAAUGCACAGACCCAGCCACAGCGCCAGCGCCAGCAGAGAGAGAACUAUCAGAUGGGCCAGAUGCGACGCUGAGACAGCCUCCUCAUUGCCUUGGUUCUUCCUAGUGCCUACAGUGGGAAACACUUCACUCCAAAGAGUUAGCUGAAUCAAUCAAUGAGCCCCAUCUACAAACUAAGAAACUGGCAAAUAAAAGGACUUCAAAGAACUAUACUUAAGAAAACAACCACAAAGAGUAAGAAACCACUGCUCGGGGGAGCCAGCAAAGCUUUCAUUGCAUAGCUCAAAGAAAAUUCAGAAGCUAGUCGCGAGGAAGAGGACAGAAUCAAUGAUUUUUUUUUUGUUCUGUUUUUUUCUGCUUUUCAUAUUCUUUCUCAAGUGAUUAAAACCAUUGUUCUCCACUAAAGUCCCCCCCCCCAUUUUUUCCUUUUUUUUUUUCUUUUUUUUUUUUUUAUCUUUUUUUUUCUUUUUUUUUUUGAGAGGGGAUUGCCUCCCUCCUGUGGAGAUGAGCAUGAUGGGAUGUCACACAGAUAUUUCUUAUUUCUGCCAAUCAACGAUGGCUGAGAGAACUCUUUAAGGAGCCUCGUUUUCCAAUGUGUAAUUAAGAUGUUUUUAAAAUGCAAGCAAAAGCAUUAAAAGGCUUUUAUUCCUGAAGCUUUCUUAUUGUCUCCUGCGUGCAAUUGUACAGAGAUCACAAAAUACAUUGGAUCUUUUUCCAGUCAUGUCUUUUUUUGGUAAAUUCUGUUGGAUAAUGAUAAUUAAGGAUGUUUAACUGACACUCAGGAUAUCAUAGGAAAUAACAGCACAGAGAGUUUCUGUUGGUGAAAGGCCUUUACCAGAUUCACUUUGCUGAAAGCCACGAUUGUGCAGAGCACUUUUUUUUUCUUCCCAGCUGAUAACCACUAACUAGCUGCAGUUCUUCAUUCCAUGUAGGCGAGGGAGUUAGUGAGAGGGAUGAUGGUUAAAAAAAGUUAUGUCACUGCUGAGGAUACUGACUUGAGAAGAUAAGCACAACAUCAGGAAAGAUUUGUUUUUCAAUACAUAAAAGUUUUUUAUUUUGCAAUAACAUGUUGGAAACAGGAAAGUGUGGACAGAUACACAAAUGAGCAAAUCUCGGUGGUGUGUGUUAGCGAAAGGAUGGGAUAGAGAGAGAUGAUAGAAGCAAUCUGUAGAUUCUUUAGAGUGUUUUUACACACCAAUCAAUAUUUAUACGAAAUAACUUUUCUUACGUUUUCAGCCAUUACCUCUAUUAUAGCUAAAAAAAAAAAAAGAAAA